AUGGUGGUACCGGUGAUGAAUAUGACGAGGGAACCGGCCGUCGAUUCCCCGGAGAAUUCAAGAAAAAUAAGUCUUGCGGGAUACCCGGAGGUGGCCGGGUUGUUUUGUGUGACCGUUUUCAAAAGCACGUUAGAUCUCGAAGUUCGCGAUUGUUGUGGACUCCUGACUUUGGAUGGAGUAGGGAAAUGUGUAGAGUUGAAAAAAUUCAGCAUCAGUAAUUGCGGAAUGCUCACGAACAUAUCGGAUCUGAAAGACUGCGUAAACUUGGAAAUGCUCACACUUAGCGGAUGUAAAACAUUGAGGAAUCUCACACCUCUGAAAGGUCACAGGACCUUAUCAUGUAUCACCAUCUCCCAUUGCGAAAGAAUGAUGGAACUAGAUUUGGAGGGAGCCACGAAUUUGAUGCAACUGAACAUUAGCGACUGCGAAGAGCUAAAAGACGUUCACGUGAGCAGAUGUACGCGGCUGGAGGUAAUUGACAUUCACGACUGUGUCAAGUUAGAAAAGCUUCACGGACUCACUUAUUUGAGGGAACUUAAAACACUCAUCUUGGCGGGGAAUAGGGAGCUUUCAGCUGUCGAGGGUAUAAAUGAGCUCAUUAACAGAGUGGAGAAACUCAGUUUGAAAAACUGUGAGAAGUUGGAAGACCUGAAAUUCUUGGACUUUUGCAAUUUUCUCAAAGAGGUAGUUGUUGCUGGCAGUAAUGUGACGGAGGAAAAGAAACAGGAAUUAAGGGGUAAGGGCGUAAGAAUCGUCAACGAGGUAAAAGUAGCUGAUGGGUGA